AUACGCCCACCGAAGGGAGGUGACAGCUCCCGUAAGGUGGAGGUAAGUUGUGCCUCGCGUAGGCCUUAUCCUGUCGUAGGGGCUCGCGAGAGGUAUGGCUGGCGCACUCGGACGGAGCGGCUUAAGGAAGCUCCAUGUGCAUUGCGACGAAGGAUUUAAAACCAAUUCCUGCGUGACGCGGCUGGGAGGGUCCCGCGCUGCCCUGGUGCGGUGCCGGACCGAUGCGCUCGACACCGUGCAGUAUAGUCGCCAGGUGCUUGAGCACGGAGUUGGAGGAGGGGGAAAAACAUCACACCACCCCCUGGAGAAAGGGACGGAAAAGGAUACGGUAGUGGAGGAGGAGGAGGAUGAAGACUCUUAUGGAAAUAAGGAUAAGGAGAUGGAGAUCUCCAAAAGUGAGAGGGAGACGGAUGAGGACGAAGAGGAGGAAGAUGAAUCAGAACAAGAGGAUGGGACGAGGAAGGAAAGGGACGAGGAGGAGGAAGAGGAGGAAGAGGAAAAGGAGGAGGAUAACGAAAGCGAUCAAGGAAAGGAGACCUCGGAGGGGGAUAAUGGAACAGAAGAUGGAAAAGGGAAUGGCGAGGAUGGAGAUAAAGAGGGAAAGGACGAAGAGGAGGAUGAGGAGAAAGAGAAAGAGAAAGAGAAAGAGGAAGAAGAGAAAGUGGGGGAAGAUAGAGAAAGUAGUCAAGGAGACAGGUCACCGGAGAGGGUAGAAGAAACAAAGGAUGGGGAAGGGGAAGCCGAGGAUCAAGAUGGGGAGACAUAAUUUCUCCCCAAAGAUAGUCCGGCGGCCAAGAAGGAAAGGGCACGUGAGGAAGACAAGCAAUCCCCUGCAGAACCGGGAGCAGAGGAAGGGCUAUUAGAGGAGAAGGGGACCAAUGAAGAAGUAUCACACAG